UAAAUUUGUGAAUGGUGAAUUCCUUGACCCCCGAGACCGGACAGCUUGUGAAUAGUCAACAGUAUUAAAGACAACUUGAUAAUAAAGAGGAAAUUGCGGUAGGGGACAUCGUUCUAUUCACAUGAGACAAGAACACGAUUCUCAACGAGCGGCACAGUGUGCGAUUCAGUUCUGUUCAGUUCUAAACGAGCGGUUUAAGGGAAAGUAUCGUCGGGGAACUAUUUUUUUUUUUUUUGGUAAGAAAAAAUAAAAAUGGAUUCAAUUUCACUAAUACGUGAGUGUAUGCUAUCUAAAGGACGAGUACUUCCUGGUAAUCCUUUUAUUACAAGACCCUGGCUCGAGGAUAAAGCAUUAGCGGCAACACCCAGUGGAAACGUGGGUGUUAAAGGAAUCAUUGCUGGUGGAAUAACAGGUGGAAUAGAAAUUUGCAUUACAUAUCCAACAGAAUAUGUGAAAACUCAAUUACAGUUGGAUGGCAAGGCGGGCGCAGGAAAAGAAUAUUCAGGAAUAUGGGAUUGUGUUACAAAAACAGUGAAAAAUCGAGGAUUUUUUGGACUUUAUCGUGGCCUAUCAGUUUUACUUUAUGGCUCUAUUCCAAAAUCAGCGGUUCGUUUUGGAGCAUUUGAAAGUGUAAAACAGCAAAUUGUUGAUGAAAAUGGACAACUCACUGCACAAAAACGACUUUUUGCUGGCCUCAGUGCAGGAAUUUGCGAAGCUAUUUUUGCAGUAACGCCCAUGGAGACUGUUAAAGUAAAAUUUAUCAACGAUCAAAGAUCCGCGAAUCCAAGAUUCCGAGGAUUUGUUCAUGGAGUUGGCAUUAUUCUUCGUGAAAAUGGUUUCAGAGGAGUGUAUCAGGGUCUGGUACCCACAAUGUUGAAACAAGGAAGUAAUCAAGCGAUUCGAUUCUUCACGGUAGAAACUUUGAAGGAAUGGUAUAAGGGUGAUGACAAGAACAAACCAGUACCAAAACUUGUUGUUGGUAUUUUUGGAGCAAUUGCAGGUGCUGCUUCUGUGUUUGGAAAUACUCCCAUUGAUGUUGUAAAAACGAGAAUGCAGGGAUUGGAAGCAUCAAAAUAUAAAAACAGUUGGGAUUGUACAGUACAAAUUUGGAAGAAAGAAGGACCAAUGGCCUUCUAUAAAGGAACUGUUCCUAGACUCGGUCGAGUUUGUCUAGACGUUGCAAUAACAUUCAUGAUCUACGAUUCGUUUAUGGAUCUUUUUAACAAAGUCUGGCCUUAAAAAAAUGUCAUGCCUUAAUUUUAACUAUUUGUCUAAUGUUAGUAGAAUUACUAACAAGAAUAGAACAACUAGACAAAAGUGCAAUUUUUCCCUGAUAUUCAGGUUCGUUAAAGAGGAUAAAAUACAAAAGAACUGAUUAUAUAUGAAUUUGAAAAAUAUUUUAAAAUUCGCACAAAUGAAAAAAGAACAAAAAAAAACAAUAA